UGGCAUUUCAGCUUGGAAACUGAGGGGAGAUCUUAAUGCUUUCUUGGGGAACAUGAAGCUGGGGAAAUAGCUGUGUUAAGGGUCUCCCAUCACCAAAUGCUGCUCAGAGGAGACACAUGCUUCCCUGCCUGAUGGGUACAACGUGCACUUAUUCAAAAGCAGUGCUGGGCUGUCUGCCAGGAGCUGAGAAAUGGCUUGUCCUCAUGUGCUCAGGCCCCUGAGCUCCCAGCCGCUCUAGCAACUACAUUAGUUUCUGGCACAGGAGUCCCUCUAAGGUUACAAAGACAUUAUUCCCAGGUUUCAACCCCAAGAGCUGUAAAACGUAUCCUGCCUGACCCCUGUGCAAAGGCAGAAGCAUUGAGAUCCGCACACGUUCCGCUGGGUUUAGUUUUCACAUCCCCACUGCAUAUGCCACUGCAGCCUGCAUUCCUCUCCUGUUUGGUAAGCCCUUUGCCUCUCAAGCUGACACAGCUAAUAUUUCCCAUGCUGGCAGGGCAGGCAAGGUAGUGGCAUUUAACUGUUAAGGAGAAGCUUGAUCUGUUCAUACUGCAGAACCUCAGAGUAGUAAGGGCUGGUGCAUGCCUAGGAUUGGGUUUCUGCUGUUCUAGGUGUUUGUCCUCCAUGUUUUAGUUCCCUCUCUUGACUUGCAUUAUUCCCUGUUUCAUCCCGCUGUUUGUCCUUGCAAAUUACCAAGCAAUACCUUGGUAAUUUUUUUCUGCAAGGGGCUGGAAAGCUGAGUCGGAGUUUGUAAAACCUGCACCUACCUGACCCUUCUUACCUUGGUGUUGGAGCAUCUUCUACCAGGGUGACUACAGUGCUUAGAAUAUCUCCCAUUUCUGACCACAGAGAAUGCAUCUGGUAGCCCUGCAGGCAGUUUGGGGUACAUGGCUCCAAGGGAGGUUUUAGUGGGUUUUUAGAAAAAUAACUGAUUAACUGCCCACUGAGAGCUGGUCCCAGCCUCCAUUGCAUUGAUGUUGUCCUGGUGUACCACUUAGUGCCACCUGGGCUGUUUGCUCUUUAAAGCUUUUAUAACCACCUUUUUAACUGUCAGUGCAAUGGACAUGUGCUGGUGCUUCCUGGCAAGGUUUGUUUUUUACAGUGAUAAUGAUGGAUCACAAAGUUAAAUGUGGUUCUUAUUCUAAAAAGCAUAAAAGUGUGGGGGUUUUGUUUGUUUAUAUUUGGUGGGUUAUUUUCUUCUUCUAAAGCAAGCAUUUACAUGUUUGUCUAUCACCUGUGAUACUGGGUGCUAAACUGAUGCUGCCAUGGGCCGCUGACCUCUGCGUAGUCACUGGAUGUAAUUGUACAGCCUCUAUCACUGGAGGAUUUUGGCUCCUCCCAAAGCCUGUGCUUCAGUACCAGCGAAAGCCAGAUGUACUAUAAUGUUGCUUUUUUACAGUUUGUUUUGGCCAUACAUGGGCAGAGUCAGCUCUGGAAUUCCUUCCCUAUAAAUUCAAUAGCAUCUUGUGGGUGGUGCUGGGGAAUCACUCUGGUCUGGUUGGAUCGCCUCAGCAGCCUGUUCCCCUUGAAAAUGUCCUGAUUUGCACAUUCCUGAGAGGCUGCCUGCUCCUGGAGCCAUGGCUUCAGCUACGAGGAGGCUGUCAUCUCAUGCUGGCAGGCAUAGCAGUCACCUUCCUGCUGCCUGCAGGUCGGGAGUGGUGGCAUAGAUAUAUUGCUUCUGUGCGCAGGCAGGCUCUGCAGGGACAGUUGUGCCCUCUGAGCUUAACUGUUCUGCCUCCUAAAUUUCCCGUAUGGGCUUAAGCAUUGACCAUCAAGCCCCUCUCCUAGGGAUGGGGAGGCUGAGUGCUCUCCUGUUCCUGCCUGCCAUGGGAUGCUGUGUUGUGUGUCCCAGCAGAGAUCGAGGACCUCUCCAGUGGCACUGACGGCUGAGCCUUGCCCUCUCUGCUGCCAAGCUGGUAUCAUGAUAAACACAGCCUGAAUGUGCCUGUGUGCCUUCAAAGGGUACUCCAAAAAAUAGUUCUAGGAGGUUUUCUGUGGAUGAGUGAGGGAUGAAAGGAUGGUUUGUGGUGGGCAAGGGGUGAUAUCUCCUGGAGCUGCCCCUGUUGCAUGUCACCGGGCAUCCCAUGGAUGAGACAGAGAUGCAGUGUCACCCAUAGAUCCAGGAGCCUCCAACGCACAGGUGAAGAAGGUGACAUGUAGUCCCAUGUCCAGGCUGUGUGUAGGUCAGUAACAGCGAUGUGCUCAGCUCAGGCUCCAGAGGGGCAAGUCCUCCCUGUGCCAAAGCCAGGGAGAGAAGGAUGAUUUUUUUUGACAUCCUUUGGAGUUUUGAUCUCCAUAUUUGGAAAUGUUUACCCAUUGCUCUGAUCUAUUGCAAGGGAGGGGAGGUGACUCAGGGUCUGGUGGAAGCAGGAUUUGAAUUCCUGUAGUAAGGUUCUCCCCCCCCAUACCCCCCCGCCCUUUCUUGUUUUGGAAGCUUGUUGUGGUCAGUUCUUAGUUCUCUCCUGCUCCUGGACCUUGUUCCAAAUUUGAUCUGCUCAGGAGGGAAGUGUGUUAGCGAAGGAGCUUGCCUGGAUGCUGAGUACUUUAUUACUGGGUGUGCCUGAAUGCAUCAGCCUUUGGAUGUGAACGUCUUUUCUUGAAACAGCCUUGUGAUAUCCUAACUGCCUGUUCUGUCAGGAUCCAGGUGCUUAUUUGAGCUGUGCCUGACUUUUGCUUUGGUCUCUUUGGGAAGCUCCUACAUAGCAGUGGGAAGACUCAGCUGGUGGAAAGAAGGCCCUUGUCAGAGGUCCCUUGGAAAAGCUUGUCGUACUUCUGCCUGAGUGCCUGACAAGGCCACCUUGCUUCCAGGGAAUUGAGCUGAAGAUACAAAAUUCUGCCUUAUCCAGGCAACUGGAAGAAACCUUAGGGGAGAGAGAGAGUUAAACUUGCUCCAGCUGGUAUCUGCUGUGGAAGACUAAAGCAAAGCAUCAAGAAAUGUCCAUAAACAGCAUAAAAUGGGUGCAAGCAAAGAAACCUGGUCUGAGGGAGAGAUAUGCCACAAGGAGCUGGAGACCAUGUGCAACAAUUUUGCAUAUGUUCAUGAAAGCAGUCACUGGAGGGUGACAACAUGUUGUGUUCUUCUUCAUCAUGUCUCAGAGUCAUGUGGCAGCUCAGUUGAUCCUUGCUAGCUCUCCUCGCUCUGGUGAUGAUGGUCACACAGCCUCACACACAGGAUUCCCAGUGCUUAGAAUUGUCCCUGAAGCUUUUUGGUUCUCCUGGUUGCUGAUGUGAAGUUUGAAGAGCAUGAAGAGCCAGAAUCAAUUUGCUGGUGGGAGGGUCUGUGGGAGGAGCUUCUUUGGACUGGUUAAUAUUACAGGACUUAAAUUUGGGGAGAUGUUGUGCAGAUCAGCAACGAUUAAGGGAGUUCAAAAGGAAUCCCAAUUACCCAAAUCACAUAAUUUCACAUAUGAUGUAAAACUGAUGAGGGUAAGUACUACCAUAUGGGAAAGACAUCCCAGGAGAGCUUGGGCUAAGUUUAUCUGAACCAUGUCCCACCCGUCCUGGCUGCCACCCAAGAGUACCAACGAGCCUGUUGGUCACAUUACUGCAAGGAUGGAGACCACACACACCUUUGGGACUCCCAGCAUCUCGGUGUCUACCCAGCAGACACCAAAGAAGUUUGCUCCUGUCGUUGCCCCCAAGCCAAAGUACAAUCCAUACAAGCAACCAGGAGGUGAUGGGGACUUCCUUCCUCCACCCCCACCUCCUGUGGAUGACCUCGGGAACAUCACAUCAUCACAAGGUGCCUUCCCUCCCCCACCCCCUCUGGAUGAUGUUACUUUCAAUGUGCAGGUGAAUCCUGGUGGCAAGACACUUGAGGAGAGGCGGUCCAGUUUAGAUGCAGAAAUCGACUCUCUAACGAGCAUCCUGGCUGACCUAGAGAGCAGCUCUCCUUACAAACCUCGGACUCAACAGGGCUCUGGCACCUCGAGCAGCUCCGCUGCCACCCCUCCAUCUGUGUCCACCCCUGUCACUGGCCACAAGCGGAUGAUCAUCCCCAACCAGCCUCCCCUCACGGCCACCAAGAAAUCCACCGCCAAGGGCCCGGGGCAGCCAGCACCCAUCCCGGUCACUCCUGUUGGCACCCUGAAACCACAACCAGUGCCGGCCCCCUAUGCCACAGCCUCUACCCCCAGCCGCCCGGCCUUCAAUGUCCAGGUGAGGACAGCGCAGCCCAGCCCGCACUACCAACCACCUGCCCCGCAGCCUGUGCACUAUGGCAGCCUGGGGCCCAGCCAGUCCUACACUCCCCCGCCGGCCCGCCUGCCCAGCACCCCGCAGUAUGGCGCUCCACAGCCCCACGGGCCUGACUAUGGCUAUGCCCCACCGCCUGCCCGGCCCUCGGAGCCUCCCUAUGGCUAUGCACCUCCACAGGGCCGCUACCAAGACCCCUACUAUGGGGGGUAUGGGGGGAGGAACGGCUCCGAAGCACCCUACAUGCCACAGAGCUCCUGGAAGGCUGAGCCAGCGUAUCCUGCUAGUAACACCGUGGGUCAGGGUCCUCCUGGGCUCUACCAGCCAACCGGCACGAAGAAGACCUACAUCACCGACCCUGUGCUGGCCCCACAGCCACCUGCGCUGCAGCAAAAGAGUGGGUACCCAAGCUCUGGACCUGCAUCAAGCACUCCUGUCUUCAGGCCUGAAGAUGAGCUGGAGCAUCUGACCAAGAAAAUGCUGUAUGACAUGGAGAAUCCUCCUUCUGAUGACUACUUUGGCCGCUGUGCCCGCUGUGGGGAGAAUGUUGUUGGAGAAGGGACUGGCUGUACAGCCAUGGACCAGGUCUUCCACGUGGAGUGCUUCACCUGCAUGAAGUGCAACAGCAAGCUGAGAGGUCAGCCUUUCUAUGCAGUGGAGAAGAAAGCCUACUGUGAACCCUGCUAUAUUAACACACUGGAGCGAUGCAGCGUCUGCGCAAAGCCCAUCAUGGAAAGGAUUCUGCGAGCCACUGGGAAGGCCUAUCAUCCCCACUGCUUCACCUGUGUGAUGUGCCAUCGCAGCCUGGAUGGGAUUCCCUUCACCGUGGAUGCCGGUGGGAACAUCCACUGCAUCGAGGAUUUCCAUAAGAAAUUUGCACCGAGGUGUUCAGUGUGUAAGGAGCCCAUCAUGCCAGCCCCAGGACAAGAGGAGACUGUACGCAUUGUUGCCUUGGAUCAUGACUUCCAUGUCCAGUGCUACCGAUGUGAGGACUGUGGUGGCCUUCUGUCUGAAGGGGACAAUCAGGGCUGUUAUCCUCUGGAUGGGCACAUCCUUUGCAAGACCUGCAACUCUGCUCGGAUCCAGGCUCUGACGGCCAAGGCCAGCACUGAUCUCUGAGUAUCAACUGUGACCCUCCCCCAGGAUGCCUGUUAGGGGAUAUUGCACAAGCUUUGCAUGAUUUCUUUCCAGCCUAGGGUCUGAAUCUCUGUUUUAAAAAAAAAAAAAGUAAAA